AUGACAACUUCCCCUUAAAAAAUAUCCCAUAAAAAAAAUCAUACACUCCGUUAAACCGAAAGCUUCAGACUUUGAGACGAAAUGUCUAUUAUCUCUGUCUUCUUCUUCCAUCGAUCACUUCAUCGUUCACCCUUGAUUUUGUUUUCGGCUUUGUUAUAAUUUCGGAUUGAAAAAAAAAAAAAAUUGGGUUCUUUUUUUUUUUUGGAAUUUGGAAGGUAUUAUUGUCAAACCAAAAAUGGGUAGUUCAACGACGGUGGCGUGCGAUUUUUGCGGCGAGAGGACGGCGGUUCUGUUUUGCAGAGCCGAUUCGGCGAAGCUGUGUUUGCCUUGUGAUCAGCACGUGCACUCGGCCAACCUCUUGUCCAGGAAGCACGUGCGUUCUCAGAUCUGUGAUAACUGCAGCAAAGAGCCGGUCUCCGUGCGGUGCUUCACCGAUAAUCUCGUCUUGUGUCAGGAGUGUGAUUGGGAUGUUCACGGCAGCUGCUCCUCCGCCGCUGCUCACGAACGCUCCGCCGUCGAGGGCUUUUCUGGCUGUCCUUGUGUUUCGGAGCUCGCUGCUGUGUGGGGGAUUGAUUUGGAGGGGAAGAAGAAAGAGGAAGAAAGGGAAGAGGAACGUUUGACUGAGAAUUUUGGGAUGGCGUUGGAUUCGUGGGUCUCUGGAUCUAACAUUGUUCAAGAUCUGAUCGUUCCGUACGAUACGCCGAUGAAAAAGCAAAGCUUUAGCUUGGGGAGGUCUAAGCAGGUAGUGUACAGACAACUUGAGGAGUUGUUGAAGAGAGAUUUUGUUAGCUGUGAAGGAGAUGGAGACGGAGACGGCAGAGGAGAGAUUAUGAUUCGGGAAGGAAUAAAUGGCGGAUCAAACAUGUCGCAGCUGUCUCCCACGACGUCGUUUACUUCUUUGCUUCUGUCAACAGAGUACCAAAGUUCUUGUGGUAAUGCUGCUACGCAGUGGAAUGCUGCUAGUCAUACCACUGACCAGAAGGCCCACAACACUCAGAUAUGGGAUUUUAACUUGGGCAAGUCCAGGAACCCUGAGGAACCUAGUCCAGUCGAACCAAAAGGCUCUACCUUCACAUUGAAUAACGCCACUCAUAUCAAAAACGAUACAACCAAUGUUAAAGCUUUGAGAGAUAGUUACCAGCAGGAUGACUGCAUCCGCUCAAGUUCCACCAAGGGACAGGAAAUAUCAAAGAGCAACAAUGUUCCCGCUGCCAUUCACUCACAUAAAAGUUCUAACAACUCAAGUGACUUGCAUUUUACGGAACAUGUUGUUAUACCUAGUACCAAAACCACAAGAUUGGUGGCGGCAACGAAUGCUGAUCUAGAGCGUAUGGCACAGAACAGGGACAAUGCUAUGCAGCGGUACAAGGAAAAGAAGAAAACCCGGAGAUAUGAUAAGACCAUAAGAUAUGAAACAAGGAAGGCGAGAGCUGAGACCAGGUUGCGUGUGAAGGGCAGAUUUGUGAAAGCUACGGAUCCUUAAGUGUAUGUGUAUGUUUCCUCGUUAGGUUUUACAUGUGAGACCAUGAGUUGGGAACUUUUGUUUUUUCUUUCUACUUUCCACCUACCUUGUAAUUGUAAAUGCAAAUGAUCGAUCUUAAACUGUAUAAUAUGGCCAGCUUAUGUUAAGCUUCUAGAA